UUAAAAAAAUACAGUUCGCCCAUCAAAAUUUUAAGACCCUUGCAAUUAUUUAGGCCUAAAUGAUUACAGAAGAGAAAACUCUUCCAACUCGGAAAUUAAAGGAUAAACCAUAAUGCACCCGAUAUUUCUAUAUAUCCAUCUCAUGAUCUUAUAUAUCCCUCCCAUGAUUCUACGCAUCAUGCCAUCAUCAACUAUGAAGAUAGCUCCAGUUUUCUCUCUCCUCCUCCUCCCUCUCUUAGCCUCAUGUGUUGAACAACAGGUAUAUAUAGUAUACUUUGGACAACACAGUGGAGAGAAAACAUUGGAUGAAAUUGAAGCAAACCAUCACUCUUAUCUUAUCUCUGUCAAGAAAUCUGAGGAAGAAGCCAAGGCUUCCCUUGUUUACAGUUACAAGAACAGUAUCAAUGGAUUCGCUGCUGUGCUCACCCCUGAUGAAGCCUCAAAACUAUCUGAAUUGGAGGAAGUGGUAUCAGUGAUUAGAAGCCACCCAAGAAAGUACUCAUUGCAGACUACAAGAUCAUGGGAAUUUGUGGGUUUAGAAGAAGGAGUGCAAUUGCACAAUUUUGUGAAGAAAGAUGACUUGUUGUUCAAGUCCAGAUAUGGCAAAGGAGUCAUUGUUGGCCUCUUGGAUAGUGGUGUGUGGCCAGAAUCAAAGAGCUUCAGUGAUAAAGGGAUGGGACCCAUUCCAAAAUCAUGGAAAGGAAUCUGCCAGAGUGACCAAGCUUUUAACUCAUCACACUGUAAUAAGAAGUUAAUUGGAGCUAGAUACUACCUAAAGGGCUAUGAGAAAUACUAUGGUAGUCUAAAUACUUCACUAGACUACCGGUCUCCCCGCGACAGGGACGGCCAUGGCACUCACACAGCAUCAACCGUUGGAGGCCGGAGAGUGAAAAAUGUCUCCGCCCUCGGUGGUUUUGCUCGUGGCGCUGCCUCGGGUGGUGCACCACUCGUACACCUCGCGAUAUACAAAGCUUGUUGGGCAAUUCCGGGCCAAGAGAAAGUAGAUGGGAACACAUGCUUCGCCGAGGACAUGUUAGCGGCUAUUGACGAUGCCAUUGCCGAUGGUGUUAAUGUGCUAAGCAUAUCGAUUGUGACGGAUGAGCCUACUUUUUAUACCCAUGAUGGCAUUGCAAUUGGAGCUCUUCAUGCUAUCAAGAAAGAGAUUGUUGUCGCGUGUAGCGCAGGAAACAAUGGCCCUGCCCAAUCGACGUUGUCUAAUCCGGCUCCAUGGAUCAUCACUGUGGGUGCUAGUAGCGUGGACCGAGCUUUCAUAGCACCUCUUGUGCUAGGAAAUGGCAGGGAAUUUGAGGGACAAACAGUAACUCCAUACAAGCUGAAGGAGAGAAUGUACCCACUAGCUUAUGCAGCACAAGUAGUUGCACCCAACGUGCCCAAAAAUUAUAUCGCGGGGCAAUGCCUACCCAAUUCUCUUUCACCUAAGAAAGCCAAAGGGAAGAUUGUGUUGUGUUUGAGAGGAAAUGGGACUAGAAUUGGAAAGGGCAUGGAGGUGAAAAGGGCUGGUGGUGUUGGUUUCAUCCUAGGAAAUGUUCCGGCGACUGGAGCCGAAGUGGUGGUCGAUGCUCAUGUUCUUCCUGCCACCGCAGUGGAUUCAGACGCCGCAAUCAAAAUUCUCAAAUAUAUCAAUUCAUCUAUAAGACCGACGGCAUAUAUUAAUUCGGCAAGGACGGUGUUACAUCGACAACCUGCACCGUUCAUGGCCGCCUUCACUAGUAGGGGUCCAAAUACAAUUACGCCUAACAUUCUCAAGCCUGAUAUCACUGCCCCAGGGCUCAACAUAUUAGCAGCAUGGAGUGAAGCAUCAUCCCCUACAAAACUGUCAAGUGAUCAUAGAGUUGUCAAAUAUAACAUUCUUUCUGGUACUUCCAUGUCUUGCCCUCAUGUUGGUGCUGCAGCUGCCCUUCUCAAAGCCAUACACCCUACUUGGAGUAGUGCUGCCAUUAGAUCUGCUCUUAUCACCUCAGCGGGGCUAAGAAAUAACAUGAAAGAGCUAAUAACAGAUGAAACCGGUAAUCCAGCUAAUUCCUUCCAAUAUGGUUCCGGCCACCUUAGGCCGACAAAGGCAGCAGAUCCGGGACUCGUCUACGACGCCACCUACUCGGACUACCUCCUCUUCCUCUGCAGCAAUGGUGUUAAAAAUCUCAACCCAUCAUUCAAAUGCCCAAAAGAAUCACCCUCAACAAACAAUCUCAACUACCCAUCUCUUGCAAUCUCCAAACUCAAUGGCACAGUGACUGUCAAGAGAACCGUCACGAAUGUCGGCGGCGGCAAGAGUGUGUACUUUUCUAGGGUUAAGCCGCCUAUGGGGUUCUCCGUCAAGGUCUCGCCGAGUAUUUUGUUUUUCAAACAUGUUGGGCAAAAAAAGAGCUUCACAAUAAGGGUUAAAGCAGUGAAUGAGGCUGAGAUAGAAGGCUCAAUUGGCAAAAAUGAGUACUCAUUUGGAUGGUAUACUUGGACUGAUGGAGUUCAUAUUGUUAGAAGUCCCAUGGCAGUGUCAUUGGCAUAGUUGGCUAUUUAACUUUUAUUUAUUUUUUAUUUCAAAGUAUAUAUUACAGGUGGAAUUGUAGGACAAGAGAGAGUUUUCAAUUCUAUUGAAUAAUCGGAAGGGUUGUUGAGGUAAUGAAAGAAAAAAAUGUCGUAGGGUUUUUAAAGCUUGUUUC